AUGUGGCUAAAUGCAACGGAUCCAAUAUGCGUGAAACUUCAGCCUGAGAACUGCGGUUGGUUCUUAGAUGAAUAUUUGAAACCAGUAGGAUUCAUUGGGGAUCAUACACCUUUGAAGAUAGAAGACAUUGUCGAAAGAACUGAAACGGAGAGUGAUGAUGACGAAGAAGAUUCAGAACACUGUUUAAAGUUAGCUGACAUUAUAUUUUUGUGUGGUGAUCUCAAUAUAAAUUAUUUAAUGUCAACUUGUCCACGUAAGCAACUUCUUGACGAUUUACUACAAUGUUUUGAUUUGAGGGUUACUUCCUCAGAUCCUACUAGAGUAUACAUCAAUGUUAACAAUCUAAAAUCUGUAUCCAAAAUUGACUAUAUUCUGACGAAUGCACCGUCAGACUCCUGCAAUUCUAGAACUUUUGAGGGUCAUUUAGGUGAUCACAAAGUCAUUGCCUUGGAUUAUGUUAAUGAAUCAACUUCAAACGCAAAAACAGUUCAUGAGCGAGGAUUUGUCAGAAAUGUAUCACCUCGUUCAUUAAAUAAUCUUGCUCUGUUUAUGGAAACUGUAUCAUUUGAUAAUAUUUUCUUGAGUCCUGAUAUUGAUGUGUGCUUCAGAGCUUUUUUUGAAAUUGUUAAAUAUUGUAUAGACUUAAGUUGUCCUAUGAUUCACUCUAGAUCCCCAAAUGAAAUAAAUAAGAACUGGAUAAAUGAUGAGAUUAAGAAAUUCAGUAUAAAUUUGAAAAAUUUGAAUUGGCUCAACAAAAAUUUGAGAUCGAGUGAAUCAUUUGGAAUUUACAAGCAAGCUAAGACUAAUUUUAGGAAUUUGUUAACAAAAACAAAAUGUGAAUUUUAUCAAAAUGCCAUUAAUUCAUCCACGAAUAAAACUAAAACUGUUUGGAACUUGGUCAAUAGGGAAUUAUGUAGGAGAGGUGCCUCAAAUAAUACUAUAGGUCUGAGUAUAGAUGGAGCAUCCUAUACUGAGCCUUCUGUUGUUGCUAAUAUAUUUGCAAAUUAUUUCAGUUCCAUUGCGCAGGUCAGUAUAUUGAAUCACUUUGGUAAUUCUGUGUCUCAGGUUUGCACCACAUCUGCCCUUUCGAUGAACACUUUUUUCUUUUAUCCAGUCCUGAGAGAAGAGGUAAUUCAAAUUGUGAAGACUUUGAAAAACAAGAAAAGUACAGGAAUUGACCAGGUAUCUGUUGGCAUAUUGAAGGCGAUGGUUGAUGUUGUUGCCAAACCUUUGGCUGAUCUCAUAAACUUAUCUGUCAACACAGGCAAGUUUCCUUCUAUAUUAAAAAUUGCUUCGGUUAUACCUGUUUUGAAGAAAAACGAUCCCAGCAAUAUAGCCAAUUAUCGACCCAUUUCACUCUUAAGUGUGUUCUCUAAGGUAUUUGAAAAAAUCGUGUAUGGUCGUAUGAUCUCAUUUCUAAACCGUUUUGGUGUGAUAAGCGACUGCCAGCAUGGCUUUAGAGAGGGUAGAUCCACAGAGACUGCAGCAUUCUCCUUUACUGGUUACGUGUACAAGAGCCUCGAUAGAGGCCUUCAUGUUGCAGGUCUCUUCUUUGAUCUCUCGCGUGCUUUCGAUGUUCUCCCUUGGAAAUUCAUCGAGAGCAAGCUAUAUAACAUUGGUUUUCGCGGUGUUUUUCUCCAGUGGAUUUUAAGCUACAUAACUGAUCGGUGGAUGACUGUUAGAGUGGAUAAAUGUUGGUCAGAAAAAUUUAGUGUCGAUUUGGGAGUGCCUCAGGGCUCGGUCCUUGGUCCGUUGCUAUUUCUUUUGUUCAUUAAUGACUUACCUGAACACAUUAUAUCCGAAUUAAUGAUUAUAUUUGCUGAUGAUAAAUGUUUAGCCUAUAUCAAGGAACAUGAACACUUAAUGGUAACAUUAUCCAGUUUUCAUGGUUACUCUACCAGAAAUAAUGCUACUUUGUACAUUCCAUCACAUACAACAGCCAAAUAUGAAACUUCCCCAGUAUAUCAGGCCAUAACAUUAUUCAAUCAUCUGCCUAAUACUGUUAAGUUGCUCAAUAAAAUAAAAUUUACAAAAACUAUCAAAUGUAUUUUACAUAACAAAUGUUAUUAUAGUGUUAAGGAGUAUCUGGAUGACAAGUAUGUUGUCACAGCUUAA